UUAAAAAUGGCGCAGUCGACUAACGAUUUCGCGACUUCGCACAAUAAAGUGCACGCUGCGACGAACUUAAACGCCUGCAAUAUACGAAGGCAAUGCUUAGUUCGGGUAUAAUGUAAGUCACCAAAGAAGCCCCAUCUAUUUUGUUCUACUCCUGGUAACGUUUGUUUCAAAGCUCUGUUUACGUCAUAGGCGUCAUGCGCAUGUGUUACGAACAAGGUUGCAAUGACAAAUCUCCGUAUAUUGCGAAAUAGCGUCCGCGUGGUGUAUUGUGCGCAGUUCAACCAACACGUGUACCUCCGGCUCAUCGCGUAAUUUGAAGCUUGUUGACGGUAGGGCAUGCUUUCUUAUUUAAAUUGUGCGUUUUGUGCGAGGCGAUUUUUGCGUGAUGCUCUUCCAGCUCGGGACGUCACAAGUUCUUAAAUAUCGUACUAACACAGUAAUUACUUGAGUUUGAAAGUAAUACUUCAACUUCGCGCGUUGAUUGACGGAACUGUUUUCGAACCACGACUGGGCCUUGAGCAGCCGGAUGACUGGAAAACAGACAUCCAGGCUUUACAUUCGUGACCUGAACCCGCACAUAGUCUGUCUGUUGUGUGCUGGCUACCUGAUCGAUGCUGCUAGUAUCACGGAGUGCCUGCAUACAUUCUGCAAGAGCUGCAUCGUGAAGUACCUUCAAACGAGCCGACUCUGCCCUAUAUGCAACACCAAAGUGCACGAAACGCAGCCGCACCUAAGUCUGCGUCAAGAUCGUACCCUCCAGGACAUCGUCUACAAGGUCGUUCCUGAGCUCUUGGAAAAUGAGACAAAACAGAGAAAGGAAUUCGAGGAGCGGCGAGGUGAAGCAAUAGCUGAGCAAAGGGUGGAAGAGGAAAGGCAACUGUCCCACACGCACCACUAUGCCAAUGACGAGCUCGUGCACAUCUGUUUGGAACCUACCAGCAAAGGCGGAAAUGGGUUCCUGUGGACGGGUCGUUGGUACGUGCGGUGCUCGGGACGAGCCCGGGUGUCUCACCUGGGGCAGCUGGUGGUGCGGCGCUGGCAGUCCAAGCGGAGGAGCAGCGAUUCCUCUGGCCCGGAGAUCGAGCUGCUGUGCCGGGGCCACCGUCUCUGCCCGUCCCAUUGCCUUAAGAGAGUGUGGCUUACCCACUGGCUGGACCAAGCACCUCCUUUACUACUGCAAUUCCACAUUAAAAGUAGCAUGUAGCAGUAUAGGCGGGAGACGUGCAGAAGGACAACGUAGUUGGCAGCCGUGCCCGUCGCAUCCUGCCCUUACGGAGACUUUAGUGACACGAACUCGACUGCAUUUUGUGAGAUUGAGAAACAUUUGGCAAGACUAUCAUCCCAGUGCCACAUAGACCAUCAAUUUUCUUUCCCACCGUCAGCAUGGUUUCAUGGU